AUGAGUGAGGUUGGCUUCACGGACAACCAGGAGGCUAUCAUCCUGUCCUUGGCCACGAAGUUGGAGUCUCUUCUACCUACAAGGACGGGCCACUCGAUGGAAGAGGUGGAAAUCGACCCCCAGUUUCUCCAAAUCAAAAAGAUCAUCUUGAGCACGAAUUGCAAAAAGCCGCUUAUGGUGACCUUGAUCAUCACUUCCCUAACGGAGUUGCUACGAACAAUCAAUGUUGAAGCUCGAGACACUAAGCUCAAAUAUCGAGACGAGAAAUCGAGGAGCUCUACGUUGCUCAUUUGCAGACUACUAAAUGCUCUAUUGAAGGCUAUCUGGAAUAGGAAAACCAGCUACAUGGAUGAAUCGGAGUUUAUGAGCAACUACUCGAAAUUUUACAAGUACGACGUGCCACAGCCACUAUGCCCCAAGACAGUUGUUGAUUUGCUUGAUUUCUACGUCAACUUGCUAUCCUCGGGAAUGCUCAAAAAGGUGCUUGCCUUGAUUCGCAAUGACCAGCACACUACGCCUUCACCGGGGACUUCUGUGAGAGACACGAGCAGCAUUAUAGAGGAUUACCAAUCGACCCCCGAGGACGCGAUAUUCAAGUCCAUCAAUGAAAUCGACUCCUGCAUCGAAGCCAUUUUAAGAUUUAUUGCCGUGUCCAACUCGGAAGAAUACUAUGAGUAUCUAUACGAAAGAAUGUUUUCAUAUGCAGACAAGAACCAAACCAUUCCAUUACCCGUGAUUCAGACAUAUGUGCCACUAAUAAAAUUUGUGUUUUUCUCGCAAAGAAAUCGCCUAAGAUUUGCUGCGUCGAUUUUGAAAGCAAUACCUUUCAUUCGAUCCAACACAUGGAAACAAGUUUUCCUUUUUUAUUUUUCCAGUUGCAAUAAAGACCAGAUUUUCUCAAGGCCAGACGAUUAUGUAAAGUUGGUUGAUAUUCGAUAUCCAACUUUUGUCAAUGACUUGAAAUUGAUCUUUGACGCAAUCUUGGGGCUAUUUGAUGAAACCCCCACCAUGUCUGCUUGUGCCUCGUAUAUGCUUUCCAGUUUUUUAAUCGUUUGUGUCGAGGAUUUCCAAGAGUUCAAUUCGGUGAAAUCAAUCAACAAGUUGAAACUCACCUUCAACAAGAGAAUCAAGUACAUUUCCCAGAUUUUAAAGGAGUCGGCCAACGUGUCAACUUUGGAAUCCUUUGAAGUCUUGACAAGGAUUCUACAUUUGGCAGCAAGACUCGAAUCUGCCGGCUAUAAAGACCACCCAGUUUUAGUUUUCGGCUUGCGGCAUCUAGAUGAAAUUUUCCCAAAGGUGCUCGAGUACGAAAAAGUUCACGAGGCCGAGUUGCAACAAAAUCCAGAAUUGAGACUGAAGUACGAGAUUACAAAAGUAAAUUUUUACACUGCGGCAAUCCUCCUACGACCGGAAAAGUAUUUCAAUAGCCUCACGAAACAAUAUAGGGAAAAGAAACACGACAUUUUGGUGACCAAGGCCUUUGUCAAUAUUGUCAAGGCACUUUCCGAAAUUGAAACGGCAAGGGAGAUUUUCCCCAAGUUUUUGCAAAGCAUGGUGGACGAAUUCCGAACCAUUAUAUUUGGUGCACUCAAAAUCUUGCACACUUUUGAAACACAUCAGCGAGAUGUAAAUGCUUCCUCCGAUUUCUGCAACCCUACAAUUGCCUCAGAGUUUUUAAACAUUGAUGAAAAUGAAAAGAAAGCUGAGGAAUGUUUGCAAAUGACUUUUCAAAGUACAACUACAAAUCUAGACCAAUAUGCAACAGAUGUCGGCAAUCAAUUAAGAGCACUGGAAAUGGUUCAAGAUGACUCCACAUCUAAAGUAUCAUCGUUGGCCAGUCAUUCACAGUCUUUUACUCUUGCUUUCCAAACAAUCGUUGACGCUGAAGAAAUUAUCGCCCUGAUUCUUCUGAUCUUUGUUGCGGUUCCAAAUUUGUAUUUCAACGAUCCAAACUUGAUGGAUGACAAGAAUUUAACAAAUGUCCCGCUACUGGAACUAGUUGAAUCAAUAAUCCAAUUUUGUCACCGUUGCGUGCUUCCUUUGAGACAAGCGUUUAAAACACCUUCAGUCAUUGUGGGCGAUAGACGACUCUUUGAAGCCGCUCGCUCGCUCUCGUUAAUCGCAGUUGAUCUGUCGACAAAAGUCAAUCCAAACGUGUCAAACUUGUCUGUUUUUGCCAAAUUCAUCAUCUGUAACUGCAUUGUGCAGUCUAUUUGUGACUCGUGUUUGAAGCUACUGUUGAUGGAUCCAAGGUUCAAGACCUCGUUUUUAUUUUUGAACCAAUUCCUUCACUUGAGAGACAUCUUUAGUCAAACCCUUUCGUCAAACCCACUCCUUGCCGACCCCGAAGCCCGUGAAAAAUACGACACUUGCGGAGCGGCUCUUCUGUCGCUUGAAAAAGUUUUGCUUUUGGCAUCGUGUACGCACGAUCCGCAAUUUUACAACUACACCAAAGAAGCAAUGAAUUGGUACAUUGACGAAAUCCAAACUUACAGGUCCUUGUACCGACUGGGGGAUAUCAACGAUAACCUUUUAGAGACUUUCCAGGACAUGUACAGAGACGAAACUGUCUUUACUGGCUUUGUCUCUCUUCAAAAACGUCAUCGUGCCAUUUUGAGAGGAGCUCGACCCACAAGGGCUUUGUACCAUGUAUGGUUAAUGAUCUACCAGCGAUGGAGGAAAUUAUUACGAGACCAUGAGCACAUUAGUGACAACAACAUGGUUUUUCGCCACUUUACGGGCUUUUUGGUCUCGACCUCUGGUUGCUUCAUGUCGGGUAUUCAAUCUUUGCUCUUCUCUGGAGAAGAGCUCAACCCCAAAUCCAAAUGCCACGAGUGUAUUUCCUACUUCUUUGACCAAUGCAUCGAUCUUCUUUCGUCGCAAGAUUGCGUGGUGCGGGUGAUUGUCAAGGAUACAUUGUGCAAUGAAUCCCACUCGGACGUGUAUGACAUGAUCACCACGAAACUAAUGGCCAAGGCAACCACUUUUUUGGCAAGCAAAGUGCAAACCGAGGAAAGUGUGGUGUUUUUAGAACAGGCUAUGAUUAUCAUCACCGCGAUGGUUAACGUUAGAAACGAUGGUGCGUUGGUGCUAUCGUGCUCACUACCACAAAUAUGCCAGUUUUUCAUCAAUUUCAUCAAUGCCAUCGAUGGCGAGAUUGACAAGCUACGGUUGAAAUUGCGAUUUUGCAAAUUGGGGUACGCAUUGGAGCUGGAUCGAGCGAGCACGGGAUUGAAAGGUGCAUACAGACUUAGGAACUUUUAUGCCAAGGCUUCAGUGGAGUGGCUAGAGCAAGGUGUAUACGGGGAAGAGUUUGAUGAGAUGGACCUCGACAAGGGCGACCUGUCAGAGGUUAUGUUUUUGAAAAUGGACUUGAUGGUCCACUGCUCAAAAGCGUUGUGUCUUCAGCUACAGCACUUGUUGCUCGAAGUGCCUGAUGGCAUCAAAAAUUCGGAAAUCAAAAAAUACAAGGAUCUUGUGUUUGGAAAUUAUUUCUCAUUAUUUUACAAAAUCAUCCAAAAAUACACUAAAAUGGCGAAGACGUCGCGCCAAAAGCACAAACUUCAGCAGGUGGUUGACAAUAUUUUAGAAUCAAUCACAAAUGUCUUGCAAUAUGACUCGGACAUUGGAAUCGAGUACAUCUUGCCCAUGGGGUACCACGAGAACCACAAGGUCCGUGCAAUCUUUUUGAAUGUGUUUGCAAGCGUGUUAUCUUCGCAUCUCGUCAAGAAAGACCCCGAAGAGUUCCCAGACGAGAUGAUUAAAGACCUUCUGAAUCAAACAGAAGUGUUUAGUGCAAUUGCCAGCUGCGCCACUUCGCUAGAACAUAAUUUGCUAGCUUCUUCCAUAUUCAGUGUUUUCUCUUACACCAACAACCUUGAUCGGCUUCUCCAGGCACUUUUGAACGAUGAAGUGGCGAAUUUGUCGAGAUCAACGGAUCUAUUCCGCAGAAACUCUACAUUUACAAGGUUGUUGUUCAACUUUGCCCAAGAUUAUGGUCUGGAGUAUUUGAACAAGACACUAUUUGUGGUUAUCGAGAACUUGGUCUCAUCCCACGUACAUUUCGAGGUGGAAAAGAGGGAACUGCGUGAAGAUUCGUUAUUGUUUCUCGACCACCUUGGCAAGAUUGUGGACCGGAUAACAGAAUCAACGGCAGAGUUACCUGACGAGUUUAAAUUUGUAUGCGAAGAGAUUCGCCGUUCUAUUAGUGCCAAAUUCCACGAUCGUGCAUUAAUUGCUGUGGGUUCAUUCAUCUUUUUAAGAUUUCUUUGCCCAGCCAUUGUCAGUCCUGAACAGUAUUUCAAGAUCCAAGUGGAUGACCCAAAGACCAAACGGUCCCUAAUGCAGCUUGUAAAGAUUUUGCAAAACAUGGCAAACGGCACUCUUGCCUCGGUUCGAUGGCCAGGAUUGGUUGGCGAGGCGGAUGCCUUGAAUAAAUUGAACGACAAAAUCUUGGUGUUUCUUCGAAAAAUUUCUGGUGGGAAGCUGAAGCGUUACCCCUUUGCAACUGGACCAAGAGCAAAACCCAUUCCAGAAUUGAGAUAUGUGCACAAGUUCAUCUACCACAACUUUGUUCCAAUAAGAACGAAAUUCAUACUGGGGAAAAGCUCGAUAGUCUCUUUGCACACCAGGGUUGAAAAAUUCAAAAUAUUUGAUACUAUUCUCAUGAAGAUGGGGCUCCCCAAACCGAGUGUCAAGUUACAGUUAAACUCUGCAUUAAAAGCCAUUGAGACUAAUGGAAAUGACGAAGAUGACCUGAAGUUUAACGAUUUCAUGUCCAAAAUGUCUCUCAAGUACGCUGAUGCUUCGCCAGAUUCAAUCAACGUGAUCCACAGCGCAAUCUUUAAGGAUGCAACACCGGUGGUGGUUGUCAAUUUGAAACGAUUGAGAGAUCGACCACUGGACAUGCAGUUUUUAGUCUACAAGAUCUUGGAAACAUUGUCGCAAGUUUGGGAUAACAAGUUUUACUUGGUGUAUGACUUCACCGAGUUUUACUAUUUAAACGACACGAAAUUCACCGAGUUUGGCGAGUUGUUGGCCAAAUACUCGAGCAAACAAAUGUUUUGCAAUUGCAAGAGAGUCUACUAUUUCAAUAUCCCAAGAUUCGAAUACAGCUCAAUAGUUCAGUACAUGAAGUUGUUUCGAGGAAAAGGGAUGGAACAUGACAUUAAAGUUUAUGUCCACUCGUCUGUUGAUUCAGACCAUAUAGUAAACAACUUGUGCUUGGACUCGGACACCGUUGCCGUUAGCAAAGAUUGCAAAAUAACCUAUAGAAAUGUCAUGCUACAUUCACCCCAGACUGGUGAGUACGUGCCCGUUUCUUUAAGGAUCGGAAGAAACUUUCUCACUGUUAACUUUGAGGAUAGCGUCAAAUUUGAUAACCCUUUGGCAGUGGUGAAGAGAUAUAACCCCGUUGAAGUUUACAGGCUAACAGACAUCAAUCGCUGUGAAAUAUCAAAUUAUACGGGCUUUGACGACGAGUUUACUAUUUACUUGAACCACUCCGACGAGGUUACUUUCCGCUCCACAAAUAGACUAGAGAUUUUGCGAUUUUUGUACUUUAGCACAUCGAGGUUACUCAAGAAUGCCGGAUACGUUGAACAAGAAAGGGACUACUUGAGCGAAUUUCAUGAUAUGCGCUGGUUCGGCCGGCUCUAUAAUCUUGUUUUCCAAGGUCUACUUAGUGGAGACGCCGAGGUGAAAUCGGCGUCAGCAGUAUUGUUUGGUUCCUUAUCUUCAUAUUUCGAUAUCGACUUUGGAGUUUCGGAAAAGAACGCCAAGAGUUUACCAUUCCCCACAGACGCAACCAACAUUUCCGUCGAAGUCUCGUCCCACUUGGCCAAGACUUACCCCGAAAUGACUUAUCGGUUUUUCAAAGCGUAUCUCGACAAUUACGAGAAAAUGGAGCACAGUACUAGGUUAAACUCGAUCCUUUACAUAUCUCCAUGGAUCAGCAACGUUUACGAUUACGUGUAUUCGCAAAGCGAGUACAACGGUCCCGAGCGGGUCGGGGAUUUGAUACGGCAAUUUUGCAGAAUAACAGUGUUAAACCGCGAACACACCCUGUUCCUUAGUGAUUAUGUGUGGAAGAAACUUUUCCAAGAAACAAGAUUAGUAGAGGCGUUGGUCGAAGAAGUAGUUGCAUUUGCAAUCGACAGCAAGAAUGUCGGACCAGAUUGGUCUUUUAUAAUCUCCAUCAUAGUGCCAUCAGGCGAAGUUUGCGGAGAAGUGCUGACGCGGUUGAAUUCAGCAGUGAAAACUGUUCUCACCACGGACUCGGCAAUUGCGUUGCAAUCCAAAUUGUUUGAAAUCACAGUCUUGGUAAAAGUUUGUUCUUCACUUUUUUUCAGUUCCUACCUUUUGGCGAGGUUGUACUUGGCGGACAUUGUAUUCUUUGUUACUUUGUUCAUUGACAAUUUGCACAUUGAGGUUGGCUCCGACUUGCGAAACUUGAUCAUCAGUGCUGUCCAUUCGUUUCUCCACAAGCCCCGCUUGACACAGCAACAGCAAACAGUUAUAAACAGCACGAUUGAGUAUUUCAGCUCUCCCCGGGCAAAGAUGUUGUUUAAUAUGAGCAGAGACUCGAAAUCGUCCUUGGAUGCCAUUCAAAUAUUCAAUCGUAUUGCCAACUUUGAAGUCCUAUGCGACUACUUGAACGAGUUUAUAUAUGCCGUUAGUUCGUCAGACGACAAGACCAACUGGAAAGCGAGAUGGUCCUCCAAUUCCAUCGAUGUUGCAUUCAACAAGAACUCGCUAUUCCAAGACAGAGCUGUUUUGGUAGCGGGAAUCUUGGCCAAGAAUGGUGUUUCUGAUUCUUUUGCGUGCCGUGCCAUUAAACUAUUAUCUCGCGGCGACAUUCGAGGUAUAGACAGACUCAUCUGUGUCUCAGUUGCAUUAGCCAGAAUCAUGAGUGGGUUGGAAAAAACCUCAGUGCUCCCACCAAUUUUGUUUUGGCCGCAGAUUUGCUUUGCAUUGACAAACUAUACGGCCCUGUAUCAAGUGGCAAUCCAAAAUCUUGUUGUCACAACAACAAAGUUGAUGCUCAUGGGACCACAAGCGAUUGAAGACUGCUUUGCUCGUCGCGGAUAUUUGGAACCAUAUAUUGCGGAUUUCCAAGAAAGGAACGAACUUUCAAUCACCAGAGAAAAUUAUGUUGUUCACAUUUUCACAAUUUUGACCCAAGGUUUAAAAGUGUCGCAGUUUCGCCACUUGUCAAUGUCGUGUAUCAAAGAGUUUUUCAAAGUAUCCUACUCCGUCAGAAAGUACCGACCUGUGAAUGGUCGGUCCUUGGAGGGAAACGCUUACGCCUACCUCGUGAUUAUGUACUUGUGCAUGGACAAUUCAGAGUUUGAAGAAUACCUUAGAGAGUUGCAAAUAGAUUGCGAUUUUGUUGCAAUUGAUAAAACACAACGCAUUCCAACUUUCUUGCUUGAUUUUUUGGUCGACGACAGCGAAUCGUCACAAACGGUGAGAGUAUGCAUUGGACAGUUUUUUAAAGACACAAAAGUCGUCGAUGUGGGUCUCCGGACGCGGUUCAUAUCCAUGUACUACCAACUAGUGGGCCGAAGAGAGGAAGCAGCACUUCUCAUUUACCACAUAAUCCAACCUACAUUGAGACUUUUCCUUCAGAGCACGAGUUCGGCAGAGGAGAUUGAGAAAGUUUCAAAUGUCAUAUUUAGAGUUUCAGAAAUAACUGAUUAUGAUGCAACCAAGUACAUUAGAAUUAUCGACGACUUGGUCGCCUCAAAGGGACUCCAAGUGAUCCAGAAACUAGAGACUUUGAAGCCUAUGGAGAGCUCCUUGGAUAAAAACCAGAAUUUCACCGCGGCUUUCAACUUUGAUAUAAAGAGCACGCAAGCGAUGUUUUACAGAGCUGCCUGCACUUAUGUCGAAGGUAUAAAAUUGGACGACUAG